AUGUGUGAAGACAACCAAACUGAAGUAGCUGAGUUUUUACUUCUUGGAUUUCAAAACUUCCAUACAUUGAAAAGUCUUCUCUUCAUUGUGUUUUUCCUAUGCUAUGUAGUGGCAUUAAAUGGGAAUCUCAUCAUCAUUCUUUUAAUUUCGAUUAAUGACCAUCUUAAAAUCCCAAUGUUCUACUUCCUCAAGCACUUGGCAAUAUCUGACCUAAUAUUAACCACCACCAUUAUCCCAAUGAUGUUAGAAGUUAUACUAAAGGAUGGAAUUACAAUUUCUGUUACUGCCUGCAUUAUUCAGACGCAUUGCUUCACUAUUAUUGGAAUUGUGCAAUGUCUACUUAUUGCAAUUAUGUCCUAUGAUCGAUAUUUGGCCAUAUGUAACCCAUUGCAUUAUAAUUCAAUCAUGGAUCCCCAUAUGUGUCUUCAGAUGGUUCUUUGGACCUGGUUGUUGGUUGUCUUUGUGUCGGGUGAAUUUGUUUUGGUGUAUCAGCUACAUUUUUGUGGUGGGAAUAACAUUGACCACUUCUUUUGCGAUUCUGGUCCAGUGAUAAAGCUCUCUACCUCAGAUAGGUCCCUUUUUGUAUUAGUUGAUCUUAUUCUUUCCAUUUUAGUUAUUUUUCUUCCUUUUGCCUUUAUUAUUGUGACCUAUGUCUUCAUCUCCUUCGCUAUAUUACAACUUUCUUCAACCAAUGGAAGAUGGAAAGCCUUUUCCACAUGUAGCUCGCACCUGACCACUGUGUGCACAUAUUAUGGGACCUUGAUGACUAUAUAUUUGACACCAUCUGAUAAAAGAUCACCUAAUACAAACAAAUUUAUGUCUUUCUUCUACAUUGUAACAACGCCACUGAUGAAUCCUAUUAUCUACAGUCUGAGAAACCAAGAGAUCAGAAAAAGCUUUAAAAUGUUUUUAAGAAAUAUUAAAACACUUAAUGUACACUGA